AUGGACCGCGGAGCGUGCUGGCCUUACUUCGACCCCGAGUAUGAGACCCUAAGCCAGCGUAUUAAUCCACCCAGGUCUGGUCUCCACCCCUUCCCCGGCUUCUGCAUCCUGAAGCCUACGUUCUGAUGGAUUUUCUCCCUUCCCUCUGCAGAGUAUCCAUUGACAACACAUCUUGCAGCGACUGUACGCUUGUGAAGGUAUCUUCCUCACGUCCACCGGUGUAGUCGUUAAAAACAUUAGAUUUUUAGUAUGUCUUUCCUGGGGAGUCUACUAAGAAAUUCUAACAUCUGAUAACAUAAAUAUUUAGUUCUUGGGAAAUCAGCUCCUGAACAUGUCUCUAAUUCUCGUUUGCCCGCUCCAAGUAGUCUCAGUUAUUCGAUUUUCAGCUUGGGGAACAGUGAUACGAAUUUUCUGAAAUUCUUGGCUGCAAGAUGACUUAGGUUUUCUCUUCUUUGCCGUGCUUUUCUUCCCGGUACCAUUUCUCGCGAUCACCAGGUGGACAGUGUGAACAGGCCGGGUAUCCUUCUGGAGGUGGUGCAGGUGCUCAGCGAUCUCGACCUCGCCAUUUCCAAGGCCUACAUCUCCUCCGACGGCGGAUGGUUCAUGGACGGUAGGUCAAAACAAGAAAUACACGGAUCUUUGGGAGUUGACUCCAGAUUGCCCCUAUCUUCGUGAAACGGCCGACAGGCGUUGACUAAUUAUGCAUCUCCCCCCCAUUUCAUGUCGCAGUAUUCCACGUUACCGACCAGCAUGGCAACAAGAUCAGCGACAGGAAGACCAUGGAGUACAUCGAGAUGGUAAGGAACCAACACCAAUCAUAGAAAGUCAAUGCCUUUACUUCCUCCCAAGUAUGUCCGGUCACCAUGGUUCAUGCUGUAUCGUACCAGGCUCUGGGUCCAAAGGGUAAGACUUUGAGCAGAAACGGAAAUGCUUGGCCGACGAAGGCUGUGGGGAUGCAUUCCGUUGGGAACUACACCGCCAUCGAGCUUAUCGGAACCGACCGCCCAGGCCUGCUCUCAGAGAUCUUCGCCGUCCUUGCGAAUCUCCACUGCAAUGUUCUAGCCGCCGAAGUCUGGACUCACAACAUGCGCGUCGCCUGCGUCGUCUACGUCAACGACGACACCACCUGCAGCGCCGUUGUCGACCCCGAUCGUCUCAGGGUGAUGGAGGAACAGCUCAAGAACGUGCUGAGCGUGUGGGGAGACGACCGCAGGGAGGCCAGGACUAAUUUCUCCAUGGGGUACACCCACGUUGACCGCCGCCUCCACCAGCUGAUGUCCGCCGACAAGGACUACGAGGACGAUGUUGGAGUGGGGGAAGGGGGGGACAAGGGCGUAUCCUAUCCAAAGCCCAUCAUCACCGUCGACCAGUGCGACGACAAGGGCUACUCAGUGGUGAAUGUCCAGUGCAGAGAUCGGACUAAGCUGCUGUUCGACAUCGUCUGCACCCUCACCGACAUGCAGUACGUUGUCUUCCACGCCUCCAUCUCCUCCGAAGGCCACAACGCCCGGCAGGUGCGUCAAUAAAUUCCCACCCUCCCCGAAAUGGGCACCGUUCGUCGCCUCUAACUUCUCUGCAAUGUCGCCAUUUACAGGAGUACUACAUCCGCCACGCGGACGGCUGCACCCUCGACUCGAAAGAAGAGAGGGAACGCGUGAUCAAGUGCCUUGAAGCUGCAAUUCGCCGAAGAAUCUCCGACGUAAGAAAGACCUCAUUUUUCUCUCUUGGGUUCGAUCUUCUUCCGUAUUUAGAUGCGGGGGAGGUCUUAAUUGAACAGAAUACGAUGCCUGCCUAGGGAAUCAGCCUGGAACUCUGCGGCAGGGACAGAGUAGGGUUGCUCUCGGACGUGACAAGAGUGCUCCGCGAGAACGGGCUGUCCGUGACCAGGGCGGGCGUGAGCACGGUGGGCGAGCAAGCUCUGGACGUGUUCUACGUGAGGGACGCUUCUGGGUAUCCCAUAGACGCGAAGACGAUCGAGGCUCUUCGACAGGAGAUCGGCCAGAAGGUGAUGCUCAACGUGAGGAGAGUCCCCGGCAGCGGAGAGUCCCCCCGCCCCAACGGAUGGGCCAAGAACAGCUUCUCCCUGGGGAGCUUCUUCGAGCGUUUCUUGAACUGA